ACCAGUUUGCAGAACACUAUAUAUAGUUAUAGACUUCCGGUAACUUUCAUUUUACAGACGAAUGAAGUGACAUGCAGACGUAAACACAGGAAUCAAAAAGAAUUAAUUAUGCCUGUUUCCACCAAAAAUCGGUUUCUGCUAUUGUAUGGUUCCCAGACAGGACAGGCUAAAGCUAUAUCGGAGGAGAUUGUCGAAAAGGCAGAGAAAUUUAAUCUUACAGCUGAUCUACAUUGCCUUAGUCAGACAGAAAAGAAAUUUAAUAUUGAACGAGAACAUUGUGUUGUCAUAGUUACAUCUACAACAGGGGAUGGAGAGCCCCCAGACACAGCACAAAAAUUUGUUAGACGUCUCAAGAAGAAGACACUCCCCUCAAAUCAUUUAGAGAAUCUCAACUAUGCACUUUUAGGUCUUGGUGAUUCAAACUACACUAACUUCUGUAAUAAUGGUAAAACAAUAGAUAGAAGAUUGGAACAACUUGGUGCUAAAAGAUUUUAUGAAUCUGGUUGGGCAGAUGAUGCUGUAGGACUUGAAAUAGCUGCAGAACCCUGGAUGGAGAGUUUAUUUCCAGCUAUUCAGAAAUUUCUGUCUGUUAAUAUUCAUACAGAUUGUUGUGACACAAAUGAAAAGGAUAAUGGACAUUAUACAGAAGAAGAUAGUCAGGAAAAUAGACUUAAAUCCAAAACAAAACCGGCUUUACACUCAGAAGAAAGCAGUCCAGCUUUAACAAGUUCUAAUGAAAUAACAAAACCAGUCUCUCCUUCAGACAGUUGUUGUGAUAAAACAAUAGAAGUGACUUUAUCGAAACUUAAUUCUCUCACAAAUGUUAAUAAUUUAUCAUCUAGUCUUUUAGGUAAAAGUGACAGUAACACUGAUACAGAUAAUAUUGACAGUGACACACAUAUCAAUAGAACUGAAAAUAGCACACAUAUAACGAAAUCCAUACUAAAUUUAAAUCAACAAAAUGAAUUACAAACAUUGGAUAAAGGAGGAUGUCAGCCAUCGUUAACAACUUCUCUACCUCCUUUAUCGGAGAGUUCAGUGUCAGUACCAGUAUUGUCAGCUGCAUAUCUUAAACUCGAAUACUUGAAUGAUGAAACUGUAAAUUUGACAGAAAUUCCACUUCAAAAUGGCUGUCCUAUGCCAUCUGCAUCUAGUGAAAUAACCAUGGCAAGAGUUAUAUCAUCAUCAGUAUUAACAAAGGAAGAGGCAGUUAAGAAAACAUUAUGUUUAAAACUAAACACACAGAAAAAACUGAUGGAGUAUUUACCAGGUGAUAGCAUAUCAGUUGUAGUGGAAAAUGAUAAGAAUGAGGUUGAAGCCUUGUUAAAAAGGCUUAGUGUUUUAAAGUGUGCUGAUACAACAUGCUCUUUAACUGUGAUAGAAGGAACAAAGAAAAAGAAUGCUUCUGUGCCCUCACACAUACCACCAGUCUGUACACUAAGGCAUAUAUUUACUACAUGUAUAGACAUAAGAGAACCGCCCAAAAAGGCAUUAUUUAGAGCAUUAGUUGAAUACACAUCAGAUCAAGGUCAGAAGAGAAGGAUACAAGAAUUAUGUAGCAAACAAGGAGCUGCUGACUACACCCAGUUUGUAAGGCAGCCAUCUUUGUCUUUGAUGGACAUCUUAAAUGCCUUCCCAUCAUGCAUUCCUCCUGUGGAAAGACUUCUAGAACAUCUGCCAAGAUUACAGCCAAGACCUUAUUCUGUGUGCAGUUCUCCUUUGUUAAACCCAGGAGUUAUUGAGAUUGUAUUCAAUGUUAUAAAUAUACCAGUUGGAGAAGGCCGGACUUACCAGAGGAAUGGUAUAUGUACUGGUAUGUUAGAUAGGAUAACACAGAAUGUACAAACAAAGGAGGUGUUACAGGAGGAUAGUACUGAGGAUCUGUCAAAUACUCUGGAAAAUCUUAACAUCAAUGACAAAAUACAGGUUCCAAUAUUUACCAGAACAAACCAGCAUUUCCACAUGUCAGAUGAUCUCAGCAUACCUAUUAUUAUGGUAGGGCCAGGAACGGGUGUGGCUCCAUUUGUAGGCUUCCUACGUCAUAGACAGGCUCUUAAGACAGAUAUGUCUGAUCCAGAGCUGUAUGGGAACACAUGGUUAUUUUAUGGAUGUAGGCAUGAGAAAAGUGACUAUAUUUAUAGGAAAGAACUUGAAGAUUUUCAGUCCACUGGUAUAUUAUCUCGACUUUGUGUAUGUUUCUCUCGUGACAAUCAACAGAAAUCACCACAAUAUGUACAGGAUAACAUAAGGAAUAAUUCUACAGAGUUAUCUAUCUUGAUAAUGGAGAAAAAUGCCACAGUGUUUGUCUGUGGGGAUGCCAAAAACAUGGCCAAAGAUGUGAAUGAAGCAUUUGUCUCAGUUAUACAGUCAUAUAAAGGAUGUACAGCAGAACAAGCAAAGAUAGAACUUAUGAAAAUGAGGCUACACAAGAGAUAUUUAGAAGACAUCUGGACCUAAAUUAGGUAGAAUUGGCUGUGUUUAAAUUAAACACUCAUAGAUCUGGAACUUUAUAGCCAACAAACCAAUGUUAUUUAUACUGCAUUCUGUUUUUUUUUAUAUUGAUAUAAACUUUUAUUGUAUAUUUGAUGAACAUGAUGAAGUGUUUUUAGAUGAAACUCUUAAAAUGGUAAAAUUAUUGCCCUUCAUCAAAAACUUGUUAUAUUUAAUGUAGUUGAGAUUAAAGAAUUGUAGAAUUGGCUGUGUUUAUAUUAAACAUGUAGAUCUUGAGCUUAAGGUCUAACAAAAUGAUGUUAUAGAUACUGUAAAGUCGGUUAUUUUAAAUUGAUAUAAACCUUAAUUGAAAAUUUUGAAUGGGACAAAUUUAUGUAUAUUUGAUGAAGAGUUUUUAGCUACAACUCUUAAAUGGUAUUGCCCGUUCCUUAAUAACUCGUUUUAUUGUAGUUGGGAUUAAAGAAUUGUAGAAUUGGCUGUGUUUAUAUUAAACACUUAGAUCUUUAACGUUUAAAGGUCUAACAAAAUAAUGUUAUUGAUACUGCAUUGUGGGCUAUUUUAUAUUGAUAUAAAAGUUUAUUGAAUAUUUUGAAUGGGAUGAAUUUAAGUAUAUUUUAAGUCUUUUAAGUAUUUUAAGCUGAAACUUUUUAAAUGGUAAUAUUAUUGCCUGUUUAUAAAAAAAACCUUUCCUCCAUUUUGACGCCUUUUGACGCCACCCCUCUACUCCAUAAUGACGCCUUUUGACGCCUGUGUAAUACCUCAGUUUUAAUACUUUGACUGAAAAGUGUCCACAGUAUACUUAAUAAAAUUUGUAUCCAAUAUGAAAAGGAAUAUCAUAGGAAUAUCCGACUUAAAUUUAUUUGAUGAUAUACUUGUUUUUCACAAUGCAUUAAUACUUUAAAGCAUAUUUUCAGCAUUUUUGUUUUAAAAUCCUAUGCGAAUAAAGUGUCAAGAAAAAAAAUAUCAAUGGAGGAAAGGGUUAAGGAUGUUUGCUUGUCAUGUUUUGGAAUUUUUGUCAGAUAUUCAAAAUCCUCCAUUUGAAUGCCUUAAAUAUUUUCUUUUUAUAAAUCUUUUUCAUGUAUAAUUAUAAGCCAUUUGUAAAGUUUUAUAACAUUUUAUUUAUUUUUUUAAUAGUUUUUGAGAACUUUAACUGGUCAAUGAUAAAGCUAUAAAAAAUCAAGAGAGAACAUUUUCCCGCUAAAAUUUCAAUGGCUUAUAUCUCGAAAACAAGCACAUUGACCCCUAUAUUUUUUGGGCUUUUUGAUUCCUCUAUUAAUCCCCUAUCAAUAUAUACUAGUCUUAUAGAAAGUUAUUUAUUUUCAAACUGUGCAGUGAAUUUCCUUAAUUGAAUUUGGGAUUAGUGCGGUGAUUUUUUCAAUAUACCAAAUGUAAACCUGAAUUUUCUCCACAUUAUUAUCACUUUAUUAAAUUUUGAUUAAAAAAUCAUGCCAAGAAAUCGGUUCAGUCAUGUAUCAUGAUUGCAUAUCAUUUAAUAAAGUUAUUGAACAAUUAU